UGCCGGUUAUCGGCAUUUCUCUCCUCACGAGUUGUGACGCUGACAGCUCAUGAGGAGUGGAGAGCCGGUAAUCAGCAUUGCUCAGAGGGGACAUGUACACUGAUCAUCAGGGCACUGAUCAGUGCCACCUGUCAGUGUCCAUCAGUGCCAGCUUCAGUGCUCAUCCAUGCCACUUGCCAGUGCCACAUCAAUACCACAUAUCAGUGCCCAUCUGAGCUGCCUUUCAGUGUCACCCAUCAGUGCCAGUCAGUGUCACCUAUCAAUGCCAGUCAGUGCCACCUAUCAGUGCUGCCAAUCAGUGCCGCCUAUCAGUGCCAAUCAGUGCUGCCUAUCAGUGCCGCCUAACAGUGCCUGUCAGUGCCACCUAACAG